GGCUCAUAAUCAUCUUUAACACGGUCCGCCUGAAAAAAUAGGUUUGACAGUCCAGGGUUUCAAGGACCUUCUUCUUGUCUUGCUUUAUACAAAUAAACCCUCCGCCUAAACCCCACCCAUUCCCUUCCUUCAUCCUCUACUCUAUUUCCAGAGAGACAGAGAGAGAGAUUAGCAGCUGGAGAGAGAUGUGGUACUUGUGCGUGUUUUACCACAGACUGUUGGAUUACAGAAAACCUGAAGUAGAAUCUUUGGCUGAGCUAUUCGGGGCAUUCGAUGAUGACCCACAUGGCCAACAGCAUUCAUUAGAGUGGAAGUUACCUGAACAUCACCACCCUGAUUCUCCUUUUCAUUUUGUUAAUCUCCCUUCUGAGGACAUUGCCCGCAGUGUUGCUAAUCGAAGUAUGCUUGUGAAAGGGCUUUUUGAACUUUGGGGCGAAGGAAAUAGCUAUGAGGAACUGGAGGAAUCUAUAAAAGGUUAUCCAGAAGAGCGUAAAUUGCCGUACCUGAAUUCAGAUAGCACCUUCAGAAUCAGUAUUGAUACUUUUGGAAAAGUCAUGAGCUUUACAGAACAUAAUGAACGCAUUCGAGGGCUCUCUUACAUCCCAUUUAAGGGUCGAGUAAAUUUAAAAAACCCAGAGCAUAACUUUUGGAUCAUGGAAACAGAUGACUAUGGAUCUCAUAAUGGUCUCCCACCUGUUGUUCAAAAGAGAAUAUUUUUUGGUCGAGAAGUUGGAGCUGCUGACAGGAAGCUCUUGCCAACCUAUGAAUUAAAGAGCCGUAAUUAUCUUGGGCCAACAGCCAUGGAUGCAGAAGUUGCUUUCUUGAUGGCCAAUCAAGCAAAAGCUACACAUGGAAAACUUGUGUAUGAUCCCUUUGUCGGGACAGGGAGCAUUCUGGUUGCCGCGGCUCAUUUUGGAGCUAUGACUAUGGGUGCAGAUAUUGACAUUAGGGUAGUACGUGAUGGUCGUGGCCCGGACUGUAAUGUUUGGAGCAAUUUUAAGCAGUAUGGACUACCAAUGCCAAUUUCCCUGUUACGAGCAGAUAAUAACCUUCCUCCUUGGCGCCCUGGGUUAUCCGAGGUGUUUGAUGCCAUAAUAUGUGACCCUCCCUAUGGAGUUCGUGCUGGAGGGCGCAAAUCUGGUGGCCGUAAACUGCUGAAAGGUGUUGUGGGUCCAUAUACUGUUCCCGACGAGAAGAGGACAAAUCAUAUUCCCUCAACAGGUGCUUACAGCUUAGCGGAGUGCGUGCAUGAUUUGCUUGAUCUUGCUGCAAAGAUGCUUGUAAUGGAUGGGAGACUUGUGUACUUCUAUCCUGUAGUACGAGAUGAUGGUUCCAGCAGUCCUAGUUUUCCAGAACACCCGUGUUUUAAGUUAAUCGCUUCUUGUGAACAGAUACUAAGUUUUCGUUACAGCCGUGUGUUACUAACAAUGGUGAAGAUCAAGCCAUACACUGAUGACAUUGCUGAGUCAGCUCGGUUGAAACACAUGGAUUUCAAAGAAAACCAUCUCAAGUGGCUAGAAGAGGGGAAUCUACAUUCUGCCGUGUUCAGCCCUGCUGAUCAUAACUCGAGUUCUGGAGAUGAUGGGAACUGUGGUAAAGAAGUGAAGCCAAAAUAUAGAGGAAAGUAUGUGUAGCCUAAUGUAGGUCAUUUGAAAGCUUAGAUUUGUGGUUUUGCUGGUCACUAUACUGCCCUGAGGGGGUGUCAUUUAGUUAUCUAUCACUACUCUACCAACAAUGAGUUGUUUUGACAUUGUCGAUUUCUGUUGUAUGAUCUACUUGUAAUAUGAUACUGACAUGUUGACAAUAUGUCUGCAAUCUGCAAAGAUCGAACACCAUUUUUUAUAUUUUGUAGUUUGAUCAUUGUGGCAAGUCCAUAAACAGAAGAAGAGAUCAAAAAUAUUUUUUUUGUCA